UUGUUAAUGUUUGACAACCGGCCUAAAGCGAUUAGACAAUUGAGUGAUCUUUGUAGUAACAGUGGUAAAGAAAAUGUUGUUAAUUGUGCUUCAUCUCCCUUUCCAGCGAUCCCUUUACUAACCAGUGUUGAAGUACAAGCUACACCAUUUGGAGAGAUUCGUAAAUUCCGCCGAUCACUUUCAGCAGCUCCAAUAUUAAUUACCAAAGAAUCAAGUCCACCCUCGUCAUGUUCAUCAUCUACAAUCAAUCACAACAACAAUAGUAUCAAAUUGACAUCCAACACAAUCGGAUUAAUAUCAACUAAUUCAACUACAACAACCACAACCACAACAACACCAACAACCUCAUCUCCUCCCUCAUCGUCAUCAUCAUCUUCAGUCAGACGGUCAACUAAUCCUAAAUUGAAAGAGCUUACAGCUAAACUGACCACAAGAAAUUGGAUUUCCCAAUCAUGUGAUGCUGGUGAUAGUUGUGUUAACCAUCACAACAACAAUAAUAAUGAUAAUCACAAUUUAAGUUUAAAUAACAACAAAACAAUCAAAUCAAAUUUCAAUAGUAAUACACUUAAUGGUAAAAAAAGUUUAUCCAGUAAUAGAUUUGGUUUUACAGCGCAACAAUUACCGUUGGGGUCUAGAGGAUCACCUUUAGGCCAUUAUCAUAGUCACAGUUAUAGUCUUGGUUCCCACCAUCACCAUGGAGGAACAGGGGAAGGGGCAGGGGAAGGAGGAGGAGGAAGCGGAAGUAUUAGUGGAAAUGGUAGUGGUGGAGGUGGAGGGAGGAGGAGGAGGAGGAAGCAGCGGAAGUCCCUCUGGUUCACCUUGUUCAUCGGCUACAUCAACGAUCACUCGACCUCGAUACGCGAAGAAACCUCUUCGAGGUCCUUAUGGUGAAAUGUUAGAGAAAGAAAUUCGAAAGUCAUCAAUGUCCGAGAAGCAGCGGUCACUUUACGCUGAUCUCGCUUUUCUCAAUGAUUUAAUUGAAGCAAAUAAACGUCGAUCGAAAGAUUCACUUUCUGAUUGUGGUGAGUUAACAUUCAAGGGAUCAGAUUCAGAGAUUUCGUCUGAACGGAAAAGUGGGCUAUCUAAUUGUUCAUCUCUCGAAGAUUCUGGUAAACGAACCUCUGAUAUAAUUGUUUCAUCGGAGAUUUGUGAGUUUGACACCAAUCAAAGUCCAGCUCGUGUGUCAACCCCAUCGAUUGAUGUCUCAUCAUUACAUCAUCAUCAUCAUCACCAUCAUCUUCAUCAUCUUCACAAUCAAUCACCAUCAUCAUAUUCAAGCAACUUAACCCAACAACAACCACCUCCACCUCCACCACCUCCACCACCGCCUCCUCCUCCAUCAUCAUCAUCAACCUUAUCAUUAUCUUCAAAUAAACAGGUAGCAUCUUCACCGAUACCCUCCUCAUCAUCAUCAUCAUCAACAACAACAACGACAACAAGUGAAACAAGUUCAGUUAAAUAUCGUGAUCCACUGAUGAGCCAAUUACCGGAAACGGAAGAAGAAUCUCUGAUCAAUCAGAUUUCAAGUGAAUCAGAAUCAACUGGAAGAUGGAAUAAAUCAAAUCAUAAUCGUGGUUCAUCCGAUCCUUUUAGACGAAGUAUUUUCUCCAAAAAGCAUAUUGAUACACGGACUCAUGUUGUUGGUGAACUUUAUGAUACAGAGAAAUCAUAUCUUGAAUCACUUCAAAUGCUUGUCAAUAAAUAUAUGAAACCAUUGAAGUCUCCUGAAUACUCACACCUUGUUGAUAGUAAUCUAGUUGAUCUCAUAUUUUACCAAAUCCCUGAAAUACUGAAACAUCAUGAAGAUUUCCUGGAGAUAUUGAAACAACGACUAACCAAUUGGGAUACAAAGCAAAAGAUUGGUGAUGUUUUUGUUGAAGCGUUUACCAAACAACCAAUUAUCGAUACUUAUACAGCUUUUAUUAACAAUUGGAAAAUAGCCAAAGAAGCACUUAGAUCAGCAAUCCAAGCUAAACCAGCGUUCGCCCGAUAUUUAGAGAAUAUGUCUCGGGAACACAAAGGAAAACUUAGUUUGGAUGCUAUUUUAAUUAUGCCUGUUCAACGUGUACCUCGUUAUGAGCUUUUACUUAAGGAGUUAAUUAAACACACGAAUGUUGAUCAUCCUGAUUAUCAGCUUCUAUUUCUUGGUCUCAAAGAAGUUCAUGAACUUGCCAUGAAAAUCAAUCGGAUGGAGCGAGAAGCAUUUGAACAAGAGCAAAUGUCUCAAAAGGUUAAGGAUAUUGAACAUUAUAUUGAAGGUGUUAUUGAUUUAUCUUCGACUGAUCGAACCUUUAUAAGGUUCGAUUUUGUAUCUAUACCCGGAGGCCUUGGAACCAAGAAGGAGCGAUGUCUCUUCCUCUUCUCAGAUUUACUUUUGAUCACCAGUAUCAAGAAAAAAGGAGGUGCCACCCGGAAGUUUUCCUCCGCUUCGUCCAGUCCCUCACCUUUGGCCGCUCUCGAAGGAAACAAGUAUAAAUAUUUAACUCGAUUUCCACUGGAAGCGAUUGACAUUACCAGAGGAAACGAUGGUAACCUGAGGAAAACAAUUAAAGAAAUUGACAAUCUAAAGGAAGAUCUAAAUACUCUUAAUCAAAUUAAUGAUCUUAUGGGUAACCUUAAUUGUUCCCACCAGACAUUGGAUGAAGCUCUUAAAGAUUUAAUUAACAACGUAACCAAACAUUUGAAUGAAAAACAAACAAGUGAUUCCCAAUUAUUAUCACUUGAACUUCAAGUGACCAGUCCCAGUGAAGUUGUCGAUAAUCUAACGAUCAUGUUUCCCAGCACCGAGAAACGAUCCACAUGGGAAUCAGCGUUAACCGAAGCAAAGAAAAGACUCGCCAUGUCCUCUAAUCAGAAACUUCCACCAGAAUUUUUACUCAGCCUUCCAAUUCGUAAAACUCGUGCUGGCCUACAAUUUACCUGUGCCUCGCCCACCCUUCGUUACAAUCAAUACAAUUUGAAAGAUAUUUGGAUCUGUAACUCAGACGGUUACGUAGGUCAAGUUUGCAUACUCACCUUACACCCAACACCAACAGUCGCCUCAUGUAAUGGUGUUUGUAAUUCACGAAUCCUUUGUGUCACCGCAAUACCUUCAAUGACAACCAACAAUAAUUGUUAUCCUGUUUCCUUACGUCGGUCAUAUGUCUCAGAGGAACCGUUAUCAUUAAGUGAAACCAGUGGACUAGAAGGAACGGAAACGGAAGUUGCCACCAAUUGUUCAAUAUUAACAUCAACCUGUUCAACUCCCUCAUUGUCAAAUUUAUCCUCUGCCUCCAUCCAAAGUUCACCACCACCUUCAUCAAAUUCAUUUCUAGUCAUAUCUUCAUCGGUUAAUAAUCGACCUGAAUCACUUUCGGCCACCUCGACAUCGACAACCACUUCACCUUCCCGUUCAUUAACACCAACACCUUCAACCAAAAGUAAACAAUCAACUACAACGACAAAUUAUAAUCAAAAUGAUAUUGUUGGUGGAGGGAGUGGCGGUGGUAAUGGUGGUGGUGGUGGUGAUUGUCCAUCAUCUCACCGAUCAAUCGGUGGUCGCUCCUCAUCAAGUCAAUUUCAAUUAGAUUCUGGUUCUUCGGACGAUGAAACGGAAUCAUCACCCACCGAGGAGCAACAACCUUCAUCUUCUGAUCUCAAUUCACUUCGUCUUCCCCCACCACCUCCUCCAAGUACCACGGAAACCUCACAAUCGCCGGUUGACUCAUGUCACUCAAUCGAUUCGGAAACAAAUCAGCCCACCAUGUGGCUUGGAACGGAAGACGGAUACAUUUACAUUUACAAUUGCAACGAAAACAUCCGAAUCCGUAAAAAUAAGCAGAAAAUUCAAUUACCGGCGACAGUUUAUUGUAUCAUUUAUCUGGACAAUAGCGUUUACUCUGGUCUAUCCAACGGUCAAAUAGUUGUUUUCCAACGGGACGGCAACAAUGGUAAUUGGUCAACAUCAGAUCAUAAACUGUACACUAUCGACAGCGGUCCAAUACAAAAGAUACUCCCGGUUGCAGGGAAACUUUGGUGUUCGGUGGCCAAUCAAGUCAAAGUACUUUCAACAUCAACACUGGAAGUUGAAAAGUGUUUAGUGAUCAAUAGCGAUUCGGAUAAGAUUGUCCUUGGAAUGGUCUCAUCGGGUCUUGGGGUUUGGAUCUCAUCUCAAGGAUCAUCGAUUCUUAAACUUUAUCAUGGUACAAGUUACGAGUGUCUCCUUGAGACCGAUGUCGCCCCAGCGGUAACCCGAAUGUUGGCCACUUGCGAUGAGAUAAUCAGACAACACAAAGCAGCCUGUCUACGAAUUACCGCUCUUUUGGCCUGUAAAGAUCUUCUCUGGAUUGGAACCUCAGCCGGAACCAUAAUGACUCUUUCUUCACCUCUAAUCACACCAUCGACGACCUCCGUUGAUGUUUCCUCUCCCAAUGUUUCAGGAAUUCCCCAUGGACACACAGGCCAUGUAAGAUUCUUGACCACAGUUGAAGUCCCUUCGUCCAUCCAGUUAACACCCAAAGCGACCACUUCAUCCGCUUCUCAGUCAAUGGUUUCAUCUGCUUCCAGUCAUCACCAUCACCACCAUCAUCAUCACGAUAGUCCUUAUGACCUGUUUCAUUCCAAUGCCAAAUCUUUUGCUUCUCCGUCAAAACGACCGUUAAGUCAACCGGUCGCCACUCAAUCGACAUCGAAAGUCACCAAAAUCCUGGUCAUCUCGGGGGGCGAUGGGUACGAAGAUUUUUCCAACUUUGGUCACACAGAUUCGGUGGGUCGGGACGAUAGUACCAAUCAUUUGCUCCUUUGGCAGGUUUAAGAUCAACUCGAAGGGUUAAAGAUGAUUAACUUUAUCUGAAUUGGAAAUUGUUGAGAAAAUAUAAUUGGAUGGACACAUAAGUCGAUGCUAUUUUAUUGCAGUGGAAAUUUGAUUUAAUCUUUAAAUUGUUGAUGAUUUUAUGUAACAUCUUACAUAUUGAUAUAAAUGAGAAAUCAGAUUAUUGAUGAAAAUAAUUUCUCAUGAAUUUACUCAUUUGCUCAAGCCUUCAAAGCUUGUGCUCUAAUCUGCAUUUUGAUAAUUAUUAUUUAUAUAAUAUAUAUAUAAAUGUCUCUAUAAAUAUAUGAUCAAAAAGAAAAAAUAUUAAUAAUAAUGUUAUUGAUUAUUUGUGAAAAGAAGAAAAAAAAAUUUGCUUAAUUAAUUAUUUGAUUGUAAACAUGAUAAAUAAAUUCACUUAUUAUUAACGAUUG